UCACCGAUAAAUGGCACUUGAUUGGUUGGAAGAACAUGAGCAAGGUACUUCCAUCGCUUUAUCCUUGCAUUGGCUGCCUCAACAACCCAACGAAUCUGAAAAGUUAAGAACAAGCACCACUCAUAAAAUAGGUCUGGUAAUCAAAAUAUGUAAACAACUAACCUUGGUGACUAGACGAGAGGCAUUGGCAUCUAAGGUUGUCAUCUGCUUCUGCCCUCUGCUCAUCAGGCGAGGCAUUUCGGCCCUUAUUCCCAGCUCCUCGAGCAUAUCGACUGAAUCUCGGAAGCCUCUGUCUACAACAAAAACAUCAUCUUCAUGGAACCAGCCCUUCAGAUCUUCUACAUUGUCCAAGAUGAUGUGGUACAAAUGACUUCAUGAGUGCUGUACGGACUGAUUUUACUGCUCUACAGAGGGAAGACUUUGAAAUUCCAAAAAUCGUGGCCAGAAGUUGAUUUGACAUUCCUGAUCUCAGUUUCAGAAGAAAGAUUCCAAGUGACAUCCUUGUGCCUCGGUUUUGUGUGUUUCGAAUAUCACUGGAAAUAAAGGAAUGGAGGUCUUCAAAGUUUUCUUUAGAGAUACCAGUCAGUGCCAUAUAAUCACUGUUGCUCAUGGUAGACAGUUCAAAAGAAAAUCUGCUUGUUGAGGUCUGGAGGGCAUAAUUUCGUAUUUUUUGGAUCAGUUCCAGCACUGUCGACUUGUUUACAAAUGAAGACUCGAAUGUCUGUAUUUUGGUCAAAACACCAGGUCUAAACUCUCCUUCAUCAAUGUGGGAUGGACAACAUCUGCUUCCAGGUGGGAUGAUGAUUUCAUGGUGAAGAAAGGCUGAAAAUCUAGCUGCUGAAGACACGACAACAAGUUUAGGACCCGGUCGCUUGCAGAUUAAGCAGUAAGCAUGUGAAGAAGGUGUUCUCUGGAGAGGCAAAGAUAUAGAUGGUGGACUGCACA